AACAAUUCAAGAGGGGCCGCUUCAGAAAUACAACGAAAACACCGACCGGUGUCUCUUAAGCGCCCGAACAGGGCCAUGGCAGCGGAACAGUGUUCACAAAUCGAAUCCGAGCUGUAUUACCUGAUAGUCAGAUUUCUCCAGUCGGGACCAUGUAAAAAGUCGGCUCAGAUCCUGCUGGAGGAGCUGGAGGAAUAUGAGCUGAUCCCGAAACGGUGGAGUUGGGAUGGAAAACAAUAUAAACGAAACUUUCAAGACUGGGUGGCACUGAACCAGCAUAUUCCAGCGGACUACCUGCUGCGAGUCUGUGAGCGAGUUGGGCCUCUGGUUGACCAACACAUUCCUCCCAGUGUGCCUGGAGUCCGCAGCUUACUGGGCACGGGAAGACAGUCCUUAUUGCGCACCACAAAGAGUUGUUCUCGUGCGUUAUGGAGUGGGUCUGCUGUGGCCGCCCUACACAGGGGUCGACCUCCAGAACCCCCGGUCUUCAGUAUUACUCUGCCCAGCCUAGUAUCUAUAAUGUCCGGUCGCCAGGCAACAGGCACUGCCCGUUUUGGCCACGCCCUCCCCCCCUGCACAUAUCAACACAUGAAGAUGCAUCGGCGAAUCCUAGGCCAUCUUUCCUCUGUGUACUGCGUGGCCUUUGAUCGCACCGGCAGACGCAUCUUCACGGGUUCAGAUGACUGUUUGGUGAAGAUCUGGGUGACGGAUGACGGGCGUCUCCUGUCGACCCUGCGUGGGCAUGCAGCGGAGAUUUCGGACAUGACGGUGAAUUAUGAGAACACCAUGUUGGCGUCGGCCAGCUGUGAUAAAGUCAUACGUGUGUGGUGCCUGCGUACCUGUGCGCCGAUCACCGUCCUGCAGGGACACACAGCCUCCAUUACAUCCAUACAGUUUUCUCCAUCAGCGUGCGGUUCUUCUCGGACCCUGGCCUCCACGGGGGCAGACGGAAUGGUCUGUUUCUGGCAGUGGAACGCUCUGACCAUGAAGUUCAUUGACCGGCCAGUGAAGUUUCUUGAACGUUCACGUCCAGGUGUUCAGAUCUCCUGCUGCUCCUUCAGCUCUGGUGGCAUGUUCCUGACCACCGGAAGCACAGAUCAUGUGAUCAGAGUCUACUACCUUGGCUCCGAGACCCCCAUUAAACUCUCGGAGCUUGACGCCCACAUGGAUAAGGUUGUUGCUGUGCAGUUUUGUAACAACAGUGACAGUCUGAGGUUUGUGAGUGGGAGCCGGGACGGGACGGCACGGGUUUGGCAGUACCAGCAGCAGCAGUGGAGGGGUCUGACCCUGGAUAUGAGCACUCGAUUACCAGGGAGUGCUGUGGUGUCUGGAGAGGACAAGUCGACUAAGCUAGUGGUAACCAUGGUAGCGUGGGACCGGAGUGACCGCAUGGUUAUCACUGCCGUGUCAAACUACCUGCUCAAAGUCUGGAACUCCUCAACUGGCCAGCUACUGCACGUGCUCUCUGGUCAUGAUGAUGAGGUGUUUGUACUGGAGGCCCACCCCUUUGACACGCGGAUCAUGCUGUCUGCUGGUCACGACGGCAACAUCUACAUCUGGGAUCUCAGCAAAGGCACCAAGAUCCGCAACUUCUUCAACAUGAUUGAGGGACAGGGACAUGGGGCUGUGUUUGACUGUAAGUUCUCGGCUGAUGGUCAACACUUUGCCUGUACCGACUCACACGGUCACCUGCUCAUCUUCGGCUUUGGCUGCAGCCGGACCUAUGAAAAGAUUCCAGACCAAAUGUUCUUCCAUACCGACUUCCGACCGCUAAUACGGGAUUCCAACAACUACGUUCUUGACGAGCAGACGCAGCAAGCCCCCCACCUCAUGCCCCCACCCUUCCUGGUGGAUGUUGAUGGAAACCCACACCCCCCUCAUUACCAGCGCCUGGUACCAGGCCGAGAGAACUGCAAGGAGGAGCAGCUUGUGCCCCAGCUAGGCUACAUGGCUAAUGGUGAUGGGGAAGUGGUUGAGCAGGUGAUUGGUCAGCAAACAGCAGAGGAAGGGCGGGAAGAGAGCCCAUUGGACGACCUCAUCAGACAACUGCAGCACCAGCAAGAUGAGCACCUCAACUCAGGAAAUCAGCCAGCAGGUGGAGAGGUGGGGGAGGGGCUGCUGUCGCCCCCUAACGUGGGCCUGCGGAGGAGUGGGCAGGUGGAGGGUGUGCGUCAGAUGCACAGUAACGCCCCGCGCAGUCAGAUGGCCACAGAGAGAGACCUGCUGGCCUGGAGCCGCAGAGUGGUGGUUAACGAGGUCCAUCCAGGGGUCUUCAGGGUGAUGGAGGAGAGCAGGCUGGCCAAAGGAGAUGUAGAGCGAUCACUGUACAACACAGAAAAGAGGAGAAAACCUGCACCCAGCACACCAGCAAGUGAGCCAGUGGCGGAGUGUGUUCGCUCAUUACGGAGGACGCAGCGCAAACAGCAACAGAAACGACACACGUAUCAGACACGGUCAGCCCGCGAGAGACGGCGCAGCACACACACACUCUCACGCACACACAGCGCAGACAGCCUCAUGGACUCCGACAGUGACGCAGAGCAGGAGGAGCAGUUGGAGAACAGUGAUGAUGUGUCGUCUGAUGGAGAGUCUCGGUGGCAGAGUGACAGCAGCUCCAGUGAUUCUUCCAGUGAGUACUCUGAUUGGACAGCAGAUGCAGGGAUCAACUUACAGCCUCCGAAGCGGCCAAUCAGACGGCCAGUGCGUGUCCAAGGCAGCAGCAGCUCUGAGGAGGAGGGAGAGGGGCAAAGAGAGGGUGAUGAGGAACGGAAGAAAAAACAGAUGGAGAAGAAGAAAAAACCCAAACAGACAAAACAGAGGCCACUGGCGGGUGCGGACACUGAGGAGUGGUUGCCCCCGUCAUGGAUCAUGGAGACAAUUCCUCGCCGCUCACCCUUCGUACCACAGAUGGGUGACGAGUUGAUAUAUUUUCGGCAGGGUCACCAGGCGUACGUACGAGCAGUGCGGCGUGCCAAAGCAUACAGUGUCAACCCUCAGAAACAGCCGUGGAACAAACUGGACCUCAGGGAUCAGGAGUCAGUGAAGGUUGUGGGUAUUAAAUAUGAGGUUGGCCCUCCUACUCUGUGCUGCCUCAAACUGGCCUUCCUCGACCCCAUCUCAGGAAAGAUGACCAACGAGUCCUUCAGCCUCAAGUAUCAUGACAUGCCUGAUGUCAUUGAUUUUUUGGUGCUACAACAGUUUUACAAUGAAGCUAAAGAACGCAACUGGCAGCCAGGUGCGCGUUUCCGUAGCAUUAUUGACGACGCUUGGUGGUUCGGUACGGUGGAGAACCAGCAGCCCUAUCAGCCAGAGUACCCAGACAGUCUCUUCCAGUGCUACACUGUCAGGUGGGAUAACGGAGAGCGAGAGAAGAUGAGUCCAUGGGACAUGGAGCCAAUUCCUGAUGAAGCUCCAGUCCCAGAGGAGGUUGGUGAUGGUGUCCCGGUAACGGAGGAUGAGCUCCAGUCUCUGCUGUACCAGCCUCAGGAGGGAGAGUGGGGAGCACACAUACGGGAUGAAGAGUGUGAGAGAGUCAUCACAGCCAUCGACCAGCUCCUUACACUGGACGUAGCCAAAGCCUUCUCCUGCCCGGUGGAUCUGAGGGAUUACCCACUCUACUGCACUGUGGUCGCUUAUCCAACAGACCUCAGUACCAUCAGACGACGCCUGGUACACCGCUUCUACAGGAGGAUUUCUGCGUUGAUGUGGGAGGUUCGUUACAUUGAGCACAACGCCAGAACCUUUAACGAGCCUCAGAGUCCCAUUGUCACAGCGGCCAAGACUGUCACUGAUGUUCUCCUCCGUUUCAUCGGGGACCAGAGCUGCUGUGACAUACUGGACCUGUACAGUAAGGUGAAGGCAGAGCUGAGCAGUGCCGCAGAGGAGGAUGAGGAAGUGGACGUUGAUUCGGACACUCCGGGCACGUCGACGGGACAGAGACGGGGUAAUUCCGCGCCUCAGAAACGGGGCGUGGUCCUGGACGUCAACGCCUGGAAUGGUCAGUGUCGGGAGCUGCUCCGAAGAAUGAUUGACAGCCCAGAUUCCGAGCCGUUCCGCCAGCCCGUCGACCUUUUUGCAUAUCCGGAUUACAGGGACAUUAUUGACACGCCGAUGGAUCUGGGCACAGUUUCCGAGACUUUGGUCGCGGGGAACUAUGAGAACCCGAUGGAGUUUGCCAAAGAUGUUCGACUUAUCUUCAGUAACUCCAAGGCGUACACACCCAACAAAAAGUCCAGGAUUUACAGCAUGACUCUGAGUCUGUCCGCAUUCUUCGAACAUCACAUAAUCUCCAUAAUCUCGGAUUACAAAUCUGCCGUUCAGAAUCAAAAGAGGAGUCAGCAGAGACUGAACUACAGCAAGAGAUUACAGAGCUCAUCUCCAGUCAGCCCUAGAGGGAAGAGUAAGUCCAGUAAAAAACCCAAACUCACCAAGCAGUCCCAGCACACGCCCCCCUCCAGAACCCGCCCACAGAGAGCCUGCCAAGCAGGGUUUAAUGCUGCUCUUGCUGAUGAGGACAGUCAGCCUUCAUCUUCGUCAUCAUCUUCAUCCUCCUCAUCCUCUUCCUCAUCAGGACAACCAGGAACAGACAGAGUUACACGCAGUCGAACCAUACCUAAAAAGACCUCAGACGGCCUGUGUAACGGAGCUUUGACAAACGGCGCACGGCGCUCUAACAGACGGACGGCCGCUCGCACGCUGGAGGAAGAAGUCUCUGGGUCAGACAGCUCUGCGUCCUCGUCUUCAUCUUCGUCCUCAACCUCUUCCUCGUCCUCUUCAUCGUCGUCGUCAUCAUCCUCUGAGAGCGAGGACAGUGACGUUGAGUUGGGUAAAUUCCCGGAUGGUGGUGGUGACCAUGACUACAGUAAAGCCCCUCGCCUGUCCCACAGGAGCAAAGGCAAAUCUGCCCCCGGCGCCGGUGCCGGUCCCGGUGCCAGUCCCAGCGCCGGCACCAGCCACAAACGAAAAGGAGGGCAGGAACCACCGGGCCGCAUCAAACGGGCUCGCAGGGCGGAGCAGCAGGUGGAGGAAGAAGAGGAGGAAGAGGAACCUGAGGAAGAGGAGGAGCCAGAUGAGGAAGAGGAGGAGCUCGACGAGGAAGAGGAGGAGCUCGAUGAGGAAGAGGAGGAGCUCGACGAGGAGGAAGAGGAGGAGCCGAGAAAGACGGCGACGCGGACGUCGGCGGGAAACCAGAGGUCAAAUCAGAGAACUGGAAAAUCGGGCCGUGUGAACACCCGUAACCAAGGACGACGGACCGUUCUGUACAAUGAUGACUCAGAUGAGGAGGGUCCGACCGCGGACCCCCUGAAUUUGGGCAUGUCGCGUUCGGGAAGGGUGCGGCGUAUGACAGAGAGGGCGAGGGUCAGUCAUCUGAUGGGCUGGACACACUGAACCUUCACACAGACUCACUACAGCCAUACUGCAGGGAUCUCCGCCGCCUUCUUACUCCCCUUUGUUUUGUACAAAUGUCCUUUUGGGGGUUUUUUUGUUUUCUUUUUGUUUUUGUUUUGUUUGUUUUUUUUGCAUUGUUGUCAUGAAGACUGUUUACGACUCUAAAUGGACUGUGGUGCUGAUUCUAACUCUCUCCCAUGUUUCCAAGGAAACGCCUCCUCCAUCAACCACUCAGACACCUCAGCCUUACUCUAGUCCUAGGCCUUAAAAAGUCAUCUCUCUCUCUCUCUCUCUCUCUGUUUCUCUGGUCAUCUGUUCUUCCCUCUCCUCCUCUGAGGGCUCUUUCCUGUAAAGAUGCUUUUCUGGUGCUUUUCUCUCGUUAUUUAUUUGUAAUCUGUCUCUUAUUCAAAGCAUUUUUUCCACUGUCUGUUAGCUGUUAGUUACUGUGUGGUAACUUC